AUGAAUGGCAAUACGAGUAUUAGUUUGGGGGAUUUAGCUGCUAUUUUCAAGAACCAUGCAAGGUAUGAAAAUCCUUCUGGUGGAUAUUAUCAAUGUUCUCAGACAAAGAAGGCAGAGCAGGUGGCAACAAGUAAGAAGAAUUUAAUCUUAAUUAACGAUGGGAUGUAUCAUAUGAAAGCCCUUUUAAGGGGAGAAGCUUCGCAAAAGGCAUUAAGCCAGAAUUUAAAGAGAGGCGAUAUCUUUCGAGUGCUGACGGCCGAGCCAGCUGUUAUCAAGGAGAAAAAGAAGUUUGCCCUGAUUAUUGAUGAUUUCGAGAUAACCCAGAGAGAUGUGAACGUUAAUCCACAUACAGAAUUUAUUGACGCUUACUUUGCCGCGCAUCCUAACGAGGUGAUUAAUUUGGACAAUAUAAAAAGUGACGACCAAGCGAUGUCACUCUCUCCUGCCAUUUCAGGACAACCUCAAAAGCCUUCAAAGCCCCAGUCUCAGCCUCAGCCCCAACAGCAAACCCAUUUUCAAGCUCAGAAUGAUCAAUAUUUGGGGAGUGGUUCGCAGAAAACGAAACCUAUUUUUGCUAUUGAACAGUUGUCGCCCUAUCAAAACAUGUGGACCAUCAAGGCCCGUGUUUCAUACAAAGGCGACAUCAAGACUUGGCAUAACCAAAGAGGAGAAGGAAAGCUGUUCAACGUAAAUUUCCUCGACACUUCUGGUGAAAUCAGAGCAACUGCAUUCAAUGACAAUGCGUUGAAGUACUAUGAAAUAUUACAAGAAGGAAAGGUUUAUUAUGUGUCUAAGGCAAGAAUCCAGCCUUCAAAGCCUCAGUUUUCCAAUCUAAAGCAUCCUUAUGAACUGCAACUAGAUAGGGAUACAGUGGUUGAGGAAUGUUUUGAAGCUGCAGAUGUUCCAAAAAUGAACUUUAACUUUGUCAAGUUAAAACAGCUUGCGACUAUGGAGGCAAACUCUAAUGUAGAUGUGCUUGGUAUUGUUCAAACAGUUAAUCCUGCGUUUGAGAUGACGGCAAAAUCCGGUAAGAAAUUCAAUCGUCGUGAUAUAGUUAUUGUCGAUGAAACUAAUCUUUCCAUUACUGUUGGUCUUUGGAAUGAGCAGGCUAUAGACUUCAAUCUCCCUGAGGGCUCUGUGAUUGCAGUCAAGAGUGCACGUGUUACAGACUUUGGGGGAAAGUCUCUAUCAAUGGGCUUUUCCAGUACAUUACAUCCUAACCCAGAUAUUCCUGAGGCCUUUGCCCUAAAGGGUUGGUAUAGUGCUAAUGCUAACAGCACGAAUUUCCAAUCAUUGAAGGCUGAUGGUGGUGAACAAACUGGUACGAAGUUUAUUGCUAACCGUAUUACCAUUAGUAGGGCUAAAGAAGAUAAUUUGGGAAGAAGCGACAAGGGUGACUAUUUCAAUGUAAAGGGUGCCAUCAACUUUUUGAAGGUAGACAAUUUUGCUUAUCCAUCGUGUUCUUCAGAAGACUGCCGAAAAAAGGUUAUUGAGCAAACUGACGGUUCAUGGAGGUGUGAAAAAUGUCAGUUAGAUUUCCCAAGUCCAAGAUGGAGAUAUAUGUUGACUGCAUCGAUAUUAGAUGAAACUUCUCAAAUCUGGCUAACUAUAUUUGAUGAGCAAGCAGAGAAAUUGCUUGGAAUGGAUGCUAAUAAGUUAACUGACUUGAAAAAUAAUGAUCCUGAGCAAUUUCAAAAGGUAACGCAAAGCGUUCAAAUGAAUGAAUUUGACUUUAGAGUUAGAGCGCGUGAGGACACUUAUAACGAGGAGACGAGGAUAAGAUACACUGUAACAAACCUUUAUCCAUUACGAUGGAAAAAUGAGGCAGACUUUUUAGCUGUCGAGUUAUCGAAGGCUAUUUUGUGUUAA